AAGAAACGUGCCCUGUUUAAGUGGUAGCAAAAGUUUAUAAGACCGAGGGACACGCACGACGCGCUUUUAGUUUCGCCCGGGACAUUAGAACCGACGUUCGCCACGUGGAAUAACCCGUCCAACAGAGGAUCCGAAAUCAUGUUCAGAUUACUGAUCCCGUGCCUGAUAUGGCUGUCGAGCGUCCGCUCGGAGACGGGCGUGAGCAUGCACAUGCCGGAGGGCAUGAUGGAGGACAAAGCGGCGAUGAAAAGGGAGUCGUACUACAACCCGUGCCCUCCGACGUACGCGCACCCGAUCUCGUACUCGCCGCCGCCGCAGAUUUACGUGAAACCGUACGUGCAGCAGGCCCCGUUACAGUACAUCCCGAAACCGAGCAUCACCUACGUGAAACCGUCUCCGCCCCCCGUGAUCGUGCCGCCCGUCGUCAAGGCAGCCCCGGUAAUCGUGAAACCGAUCGCCCAGCCGAAAGUGGUUUACCCGAUCUACCAGAAACCUAUGAUAUCGUACGCGCCCAUCUACCAGAAGCCUAUCUACUACGCGCCCAUGUACCAGAAGCUCAUGUACCAGGCGCCCAAGGUUUACCUGAAGAAAUACGAAUUGCCGGCGAUCACCCAAGUGAUCACCCAGAAACCGCACGUCUCCUAUCCGAUCCAGUAUCACGAGCCGAAGGUGGUCCAAGUGCCCGCGCCCCAGAUCAAUUACGUCAAGCUCGCCCAACCGAUCGUCCAUUCCCCGCCUGUCUACCAAUCGGCCGUAAAACCCUACUGCCCCUAAGGAUACGAGGAUAUUUGUCGAAGGACGAAUGUUCGAACGAGAUCGGUUGAAUUCGAAUCGCAGCGAUCGAAGAUUCGAUCGUACUUUUUAUUUUUACUUUUUUUUUUGUUUGUUUAGUUAUUUAGUCUCGAAGAGGAGGGGGGAAAACCGGCAGAAGUUUCCUCCCUCCCUCUUCCCCUCCGUCGAGAACUUCUCGAAGCGGCAGCCUUAAAGCCGUGACGCCACCGACGUUCGUACUCGAGCGAUAAUUUAGCGAAAUCGCGCCACGCAAAUUAUACAAUAAAGAAACGAAGGAACUGUCUGAAA